GUUGUGCACAUAUGCAAUGUUUCAGGCCCUAGAGCGUGAAUGGAGGCUUAGGAGCAAGUUUGGGGAUAAUUGGGCAAUGUUCAAGACCUUGGAGGGUGAAGAACUGAGUUCCACGGUCUGGGCAUCAUGUUCCAUGCGUGGAAGACCAAAUGAACCCAUGGAUUGAGCAGAGGCCCGCAACAGGUAUAAAGGGUCGUUUUAUGCGUUUUUGGAGGGGGGAGCUGGAUGUGGACCCCAAACACCCAAGAGACGAACCAAAGAGAGAGAGGGUGAUUUGAGGGCGAUCUUGGAAAGGAAUUGG